GGCGAUUGGCCGGCGCCGGGCGGAGGGCUGCCGUCACCGCUCGGGAAGCCCAUUCAUCUGUGCACUUGGGCGUUGGACUCCGCAUCUUAUUAGCAACCAGGGAGAUUUCUCCAUUUUCUCCUUGUCUACAUAUUUAUACCAACCCAACGCUCUUUGUUUCCCCUCCUUUUGGAUCUGUUGAGUUUCUUUGUUGAAUAAGACAGCAUGGGUGCCCAGUUCUCCAAGACCGCUGCAAAGGGCGAAGCCUCCACUGAGAAACCUGGAGAAGCAGUGGCUGCAUCUCCAUCCAAGGCGAAUGGACAGGAGAACGGCCACGUGAAGGUGAACGGCGACGCCUCCCCCGCCGCGGCGGAGGCGGGCAAGGAGGAGGUGCAGGCCAACGGCAGCGCCCCCGCCGAGGAGACGGGCAAGGAGGAAGCGGCCUCGUCGGAGCCCGCCUCCGAGAAGGAGGCGGCCGAAGCCGAGAGCACCGAGCCGGCCUCGCCCGCCGAGGGAGAGUCCUCCUCCAAGACCGAGGAGGGCGCGACCCCCUCGUCCAGCAGCGAGACCCCGAAAAAAAAAAAGAAGCGCUUUUCCUUCAAAAAGUCCUUUAAGCUGAGCGGCUUCUCCUUCAAAAAGAACAAAAAGGAGGCCGGCGAGGGGGCGGAGAGCGAGGGCGGCGCCGCGGCGGCGGCGGAGGGCGGGAAGGAGGAGGCGGCGGCGGCGGCCCCCGAGGCGGCGGGCGGCGAGGAGGGCAAGGCCGGCGGCGAGGAGCCCUGCGCGGCCGCCGCCGGCAGCACGGAGGAGGCCAAGGAGGAGACGGGGGACUCGCAGGAGGCCACGUCGGACGAGCCGUCGGCGGAGAAGCCGGCGGGCGAGGAGGCUAAAGCGGCGGAGGAGCAGAAGGGCGAGGCCAAGGCGGAGGAGGCCGGCGGCCCCACGAGCGAGGCCCCCACGGGCGAGCAGGAGGCGCCCGAGGCGGAGGAGCCCGCGCCGCCCACGCAGGGCGCCGCCGCCGAGAGCAGUCCGGGCGCCGCGGCGGCCCCGGCGGCGGAGUAAGCGCGGCGGCCCGCGGCCCGACGGCGGACUUUUCUCCCCCCCUGUUUGUUUGUUGGAGUGGUGCCAGGUACUGGUUUCGGAGAACUUGUCUACAACCAGGGAUUGAUUUAAAAGAUGUCCCUUUUCUUUUUUUUCUCUCCCCACAGAUCCCAUCUCAAAUCAUUCUGUUACCACCAUUCCAACGGGCGGGGGAGGGCCUAAACCCUCCCUCCGCCUCGUUCCUCCUCCUUUUUUUUUUUGUUUGUUUUGUUUUUUUGUUUUUGUUUUUUUUUAUUAAUUUUUUUUGCAUCAGUAUUAAUGUUUUUUGCAUACUUUGCAUCUUUUAUUCAAAAUGUAAACUUUCUUUGUCAGUCUAUGGACAUGCCCAUAUAUGAAGGAGAUGGGUGGGUCAAUAAGGGAUAUCAAAUGAAGUGAUAGGGGCCACAGUGGGGAAUUAGUGGUGCACAUCAAUUGCCAAGAGAAUGUGCCACACGAAACGAUGUAAGGGGUUAGUCUUUUUUUAAAAGAAAGUUAUUACAAUGUAUUUUGUGAGGCAGAUGUUCUAUAAGGUUUACAACACUACAAGUCUUGAUUAAGAAGGAAAGGAAAAAAAAAAUCAAUACCCAGAUAAAGAGAUCAUAGUCUUAGGAAUUCAUUUAAACCAUAGGAACUUUUCACUUAUCUCAUGUUAGCUGUAUCAGUCAGUGAUUAAGUAGAAAUACAAGUUGUAUAGGCUUUAUUGUUUAUUGCUGGUUUAUGACCUUAAUAAAGUGUAAUUAUGUAUUACCAGCAGGGUGUUUUUAACUGUGACUAUUGUAUAAAAACAAAUCUUGAUAUCCAGAAGCACAUGAAGUUUGCAACUCUUUCCACCCUGCCCGUUUUUGUAAAACUGCAGUCAUCUUGGACCUUUUAAACACAAAUUUUAAACUCAACCAAGCUGUGAUAAGUGGAAUGGUUACUGUUUAUACUGUGGUAUGUUUUUGAUUACAGCAGACGAUGCUUUCUUUUCCAGUUGUCUUUGAAAAUAAAGGAAAACUCUUCAGAUGCAAUGGUUUUUUUGUGUAGCAUCUUGUCUAUCAUGUUUUUGUAAAUACUGGAGAAGCUUUGACCAAUUUGACUUAGAGAUGGAAUGUAACUUUGCUUACAAAAAUUGCUAUUAAACUCCUGCUUAAGGUGUUCUAAUUUUCUGUGAGCACACUAAAAGCGAAAAAUAAAUGUGAAUAAAAUGUAUAAUUUGGUUGUGUUUCUUUUAUGGAUACUCUGGUAGCUUAAACGGACUAGCCAGUACUGCCUAAAUUUGCAUAGAGAUUGAUGUGUGCUGUUAGCAGUAAGCUUUGAAAACUGCCUUCCCGAAUUCUGGGAUGUGUAAUACUGCAUCCUUUAGAGAAAUACUGAGUAUUUCUCUAAAUAUCAAGUAAUAUAAUAUCAAGUAAUGCAUAGGGUUUUCUGGCUUUAAAAAGAAGACUGGAAGGCAGUUUGAGAAUGUACAGUGUUUUAUUCUGUUGUCGGCUCCAUCUUGGUUUAAGACCAGAUGUAUCCAACAUGUUAGAUUCAUGCCUCUUGAGGAAAACAAAGAUUUCUUUUGAAUUGCUUGUGGGUGGGACACUAAAUUUUUUACGCCAAGUUGCCUAAAAAUUAAACUCUUGGACAGAUGUCCCAUUUAAGUCUUAGUAUGCCAUCCCGAUACAGGUACCUAGGCAACUAGCUUGAAAACUGUAGCCUGGAGGGAGAAAGGGGGUACUACUAACACUGCCAUUCUGUUCAAAGUAGUUAAAAGCAAUAUUUAUUUUUUGUUUUGUUUUUUUCCUCAAGUGCUACUCCCAGCUGCAGGUGAGUUACAAAACAGAUUUCAAAAUUUGUCUAUAAAAAUAAAUCACUUGGUGCUUGCCUUUAAUUGUUAGGCAUUUUGGCUAAUUUCCAACAUAUUGCUCAGGGCAUAUUAUGCCUUAAUAAAACAGUGGGUUCAUGUAAGAAAAGCAGUAGUGGUAUUUGGAGGGUGGAAAUUGAUUCAAGAAAGUGUUGCUUCUAAGUUUAUAGGAGAAAGUUUAGUGUUACACUUAUUUGCUUCCACCUAAAUUUUCAGCAGAAACUCUUUGGAAGCAAUUAUGAUUCAUUUUAUGAGAAAAUGGCACGUUAGCACCUUGUUCCCUAAAGAACAAAGCCUAAACUGAAUGAAGUAUAGUAGAUUUCCUGCUGAAUGCAUACUUUAUUAUUAUUUUUUUUUAAUUCAGCUGUCUACCAUUUUAACUUUUGGCUUGUAUGUACUCUAGUUGCCCUGGUAUUUCUCUAUAGCUUUAGAAAUGUAUUGAAACUAUGCUAUAAUUGCUGAGGGACAAAAAUAAAUGGAUGUAAAACAAGAUCCUCCACACCAGUGUCAUUCUUGGAGUACAUGUGUUUGAAGUCUAGUGCAUAACUGCUUUGCUAAGGGGUUUUUAUAACAUGGCUGUAAAAACCUGUUCUGAGACGCAUGAUGUCUUGGCCAUAGAGUCAAUGUCUCUUUUUAAUAAAUAUAUAUAUAUUUAAAUCCAA